AUGGCUACAGAAACCUGGAACCCAGACUCUACAGAGUUCCCGACUAUCCAUAACCUCCCUGCCAUUGAGGGUGCUCCCAAGUUCGCUGCAUGGUUCUGGGGCAAAGACGACCACAUCGGCCGCCUCAACCUCCUAACCCCAACUCGUGUCAAGGCCGCCGCAGCAGAGAUCAAGACCGGCGAGCUAGCUCGAACUGAUUUGCCCCUCAACGUUCCGGAGGUUCCAUCCUUUGGGCGGCAAAGUUUCAAGCACGAGAUCAAACCUCUGAGGAAGGAUCUCGCGUACGAUGAUGUCUACUCUCUGAACACCCAGAGUGGAACCCAAUGGGAUGGAUUCAGACAUGUAGCGCAUCAGGAGAAAGGGGUGUUCUACAAUGGCGUUACGGGUGCUGAUAUUGAUGGGGAGAGUCCGAAUGAUAGGGAUAGUAUUCAUUAUUGGAGUUUGCAUGGGUUUGCGGGUAGGGGCGUAUUGCUGGACUACCGCACCUGGGCCACAGCCCAAGGAAUCAAAUACGACUCCGCAACCAAACACGAAAUCUCCUACUCUGCUCUCGCCGCCACCGGCAAAUCCCAAGGCAUCGACAUCCGCCCCGCCUCUCAAGGUGGCGACAUCCAGAUCGGCGAUAUCCUCUUCAUCCGCUCCGGGUUUACAGAAGAUUACUACGCCCGCUCCUCUUCCCACAACACCGCAAUCGCCAAACGCGUCUUCGCCCCCGAAGGCCCCGACGAUAAAAUUCAGGCCUGGGCGGGUGCGAAGCAGGAAGACGAAGUGAGGGACUGGUUGCAUGAUUGUUAUUUCGCGGCUGUUGCGGGCGAUAGUCCGACGUUCGAGGCGUUCCCGCCGCCGGCCCAUGGGAGUGGGUGGGAGGGGUUGCAUGAGAGGAUCUUGGCUUGCUGGGGAAUGCCGCUUGGGGAGAUGCUGGAUUUGGAGAAGGUUGCAGAGCUGGCGAAGAAGAACAAGAAGUGGACUUUCUUCUUCACGAGUGCGACGGCGAAUGUGGUGGGUGGUGUUGCCAGUCACGUCAAUGGAACGGCGAUCUUCUGA